GAUGGGAUUUCGUGAGUUUUGUUUGACAGGUUAUUUAAUUGUAACACGAUACGAAACAGAUAAAUACAAAAAGCUAAACGUAGCUAAUGACUGUUGUUUACGUAGUCGUAUGGUAUAACAAAUAGAUGUUGAGAUUUGUUUUCCUGUUUCAAGUGGCAGAUUGGACUGUGCAACGAUUUCCUGCUUGGGAGAGGAGAGAACGUGAUAGAGUUGAAAACGCAUCUGGACACAACCCACACCUCUGACUGCUUUACAAGUUGGACAAAUGGGCUACAACACUUUCGUUUGCUGGAUGCGAUUAUAAACGAGAAGCUGUCCAUUUAAUGGAGUAACUCUACAUGGGAUUUAUUUGCUUCUUUUUUAUCGUGGAUGGCAUGGCUUUUGAAGAAACUUAACCCUGGUAGUUGUGAAAGUAUUUCUGAGAAAAAGGGGAUUUAACGUUUGAGAAAGACGUCUUCUAUUUAUACACUUAAGUAUAGCCAAAAUGGAUCAACAGAACCAAGCAAGCGGCGGGGAGGAUCCAAAUAAGCCCUAUAAAAGAAAAUCUAAUGAAGAUGAGAGUAAGAACAAAAAGCUGAACAUACACAUUAAAACAUUGGCUGAUGACAUGCGUGACAGGAUCACCAGUUUUAGGAAGACGGGCACAAAGAAGGAGAAGCUCCUCAUCCAGCACCCCACGGACCCCCAGUCCACGCAGGUGGAGCUGCCCGUUCCGCAGCCGCUCUUCGACGACCGCUCCAUGAACCUCUCGGAGAAGGAGAUCGUAGACCUCUUCGAGAAGAUGAUGGAGGACAUGAACCUGAACGAGGAGCGCAAGGCGCCGCUUCGGGGGAAGGACCUGAGCACCAAGCGGGAGAUGGUGGUCCAGUACAUCUCUGCCACGGCCAAAUCUAUAACUGGGAGCAAAGUUGCGGGAGGGCUGAGGAACAGCAAGCAUGAGUGCACGCUGUCAUCGCAGGAGUACGUCCACGAGCUGCGCUCCGGGAUCUCCGAGGACAAGCUGCUCAACUGCCUGGAGUCCCUGCGCGUAUCCCUCACCAGCAACCCAGUCAGCUGGGUGAAUAACUUUGGUCAUGAGGGACUGGGGUUGCUCUUGGAUGCGCUGGAGAAGCUGCUGGAUAAGAAACAGCAAGAAGGCAUCGACAAAAAGAACCAGCACAAGCUCAUCCAGUGUCUCAAAGCCUUCAUGAACAAUAAGUAUGGGCUGCAAAGGAUUUUGGGAGAUGAAAGAAGCCUGCUGCUCCUGGCCAGAGCAAUUGACCCGAAGCAGACCAGUAUGAUGACAGAGAUUGUCAAGAUCCUGUCGGCCGUCUGCAUUAUCGGAGAGGAGAACAUCCUUGAUAAGAUCCUGGCUGCCAUGACGAUUGCGGCGGAGAGGAAUAACAAGGAGAGAUUUGCCUCCAUUGUAGAAGGUCUGGAGAACCAUGAGGCUCAACAGCUGCAGGUGGCUUGCAUGCAGCUGAUCAAUGCCCUGGUCACCUCUCCGGACGACCUUGACUUCAGGAUACACCUACGCAACGAGUUCCUGCGCUGCGGUCUCAAGAAGAUUCUGCCGGAGCUGAAAGAGACAGAGGAGCUGGACAUCCAGCUGAAGGUGUUCAAUGAGAACAAGGACGAGGAUGCCAUCGAGCUGUCCCACCGCCUCGACGACAUCCGGGCUGAGAUGGAUGAUAUGAAUGAGGUCUACCAUCUGCUGUCCAACAUGGUGAAAGACACGGGGUCAGAGAACUACUUCCUGUCCAUCCUCCAGCAUCUCCUCCUCAUCAGAAAUGACUACUACAUCAGGCCGCAGUACUACAAGGUGCUCGAGGAAUGCGUCUCCCAGGUGGUGCUCCACAGGAAUGGCAUGGACCCGGACUUCGGCUACAGAGAGAGGCUGGACGUGGACUUCAGCGUUCUCAUUGACCAGUGUGUUGAUAAAGCAAAAGUAGAAGAGAGUGAACAAAGAGCUGCAGAGUUUUCCAAAAAGUUUGACGAGGAGUUCACUGCGCGGCAGGAGGCCCAGGCCGAGCUCCAGAAACAGGAGGAGAAAAUCAAAGAGCUGGAGGCGCAGGUCCGCGCCCUGCAGACGCAGUUAACUAGUGAGAGAAACAAGCUGAAAGAGGCUCAGAGACUCCUCAGCGAAACUGACAGCAAGGUUGCGGCAGGUCCCGUGGCGGGAGGUGUCCCCCCACCCCCUCCCCUCCCUGGCGGUGCUGCGCCUCCACCCCCACCCCCUCCACCUCCUCCUCCGCCACCGCCCGGAGGCUGCCCUCCGCCCCCCCCUCCUCCACCCCUACACUGCGGCAUCCCGCCCCCGCCUCCCCCUCCUCCCGGGUGUGGCCCGCCGCCCCCACCCCCUCCCCCAGGGGGUGGAUUUCCACCUCCCCCGCCCUUCCCUGGGGCACCUGGGAUCCCGCCGCCCAUGGCCCCGCCUGUCGUCAGACUGCCUUAUGGACUAGAGCCUAAGAAAGUAUACAAGCCUGAGGCGGUGAUGAAGAGGGUCAACUGGUCCAAGAUAGUGCCUCAGGAAAUGGCAGAGAACUGCUUCUGGAUCAAAGUCAAAGAGGACAAGUAUGAGAAUCCGGACCUCUUCGCACAGCUCUCCCUCAGCUUCUCCACCAAGUCUAAAGUGAAAAAGGAUGUGGAUGAAACGGAUGACAGGAGAGUGAACCAGUUCAAGAAGAAAGCGAAAGAGCUGCGGAUCCUGGAUGCCAAAACCGCUCAGAAUUUGUCGAUAUUCCUGGGAUCGUUCCGCCUACCUUACGAGGAGAUCAGAGACAUCGUGCUGGAGGUGGACGAGGAGCGGCUGAGUGAAGCUCUGAUCCAGAACCUGAUAAAGAACCUGCCGGAGCAGAAGGAGCUGGCGGCGCUGGCCGAGCUGAAGAGCGAGUACGAGGAGCUGUGUGAGUCGGAGCAGUUUGGCAUCGUGAUGAGCUCGGUGAAGCUGCUGCGCUCCCGCCUGAGCGGCAUCCUGUUCAAGCUGACGUUUGAGGAGCAGGUGAACAACAUCCGGCCGGACAUCAUGAAUGUGACGUUCGCCUGCGAGGAGGUGAAGAAGAGCGAGGGCUUCAGCAGGCUGCUGGAGAUGGUGCUGCUGGUGGGGAACUACAUGAACGCCGGCUCCCGCAACGCCCAGACCUUCGGGUUCAACAUCAGCUUCCUGUGCAAGCUGCGGGACACUAAAUCAGCAGACCAAAAGACAACGCUGCUCCACUUCCUGGCAGAGAAAUGUGAGGAGAAGUACCCAGAGAUCCUGAAGUUUCCCGAUGAGCUGGAACACGUGGAGAACGCCAGCAAAGUGUCGGCCCAGAUCCUGAAGGCCAGCCUGGACACGAUGGAGCGUCAUAUCCAAAGGCUAGAGAACGACAUCCAGAACUUCCCCAAGACCGAAGACAAGCAAGAUAAGUUUGUGGAAAAGAUGUCCGGGUUCUCCAAGCAUGCCCGUGAGCAGUACGAGAAGCUGGCCACCAUGCACAAGAACAUGCAGAAGCUCUAUGAGGGCCUGGGAAGCUACUUCGCCUUCGACCCCCACUCCGUUAGCAUCGAGGACUUCUUCGGGGACCUGGCCAGCUUCCGCACCCUGUUCCUGGAAGCCAUGAAGGAGAACCACAAGAAGAGGGAGAUGGAGGAGAAGAUCAAGAGAGCCAAGCUGGCGAAGGAGAAAGCGGAGCGCGAGAAGCAGGAGCGCCAGCAGAAGAAGAAGCAGCUGAUUGACAUGAACAAAGAAGGAGAUGAGACAGGAGUGAUGGACAGCCUGAUGGAGGCUCUGCAGUCCGGGGCGGCCUUCCGGGACAGGAGAAAACGAACGCCGCGCGCUGGUGAUCAAAGCCCCUCCAGUCCAGGCUCUCGGUGGCCGGGUGCUAACCAUGACAACCGACGGGCAGGUCUGGAGAGGUCUCGCUCGCGCCACAAUGGCAACCCGUCGGCCCGAUGAUCACAGCCCGCCUGAGCCAGCCCUCCUCGCCUCGCGGGAAACGUUAAGACAAGUGCCAAAGACGCGGUGAUCAGGACGCCGUGGGCAUCCGGGGGAAGGACCUUCUCAUGAGCAGACACUGGGAGGGGAUGAGGAACCGCAGAGA